CCCUAAUGGUCAACAUCCUGGGGCUUUCGGGGGUCCAUCGAAGGCGUAUGGGGGUGUUUGUUAGGGCUAGCCUACCCCCACUUUGCCCCUCCCCUCAGCGGACGACGUCCAGGCGCCGCAGCCUCAGCACGGAGCUCCACGGUCAGAGCCUGGUGCUGCAGGUGGGCUCUGUGGCGGAGUUGCGUAGCUGCACCCUGAGGCUGGUGGUGUUCAGCCGGGAGUUCUCCGGCCUGAGGGAGGCGGCGCUGGGAUCGGUGGAGCUGCCCUGUGAAACGCUCGAGUGGGAACCGGAUAAAACUUCAACCUACAGCUUGCAGCUCAACCCAACUAAAAGCAAGCUGAAGAAGAGUGUGAGCUCCCAGGAAACUCUGGGUCGCAGGAAGAGCUCGGUGUGUGUGCCGCGGGUUUUGGGCCAGCUGUUCGUCCUGCUGCAGUUUCAGACUCUGGCUCAGCGAAUCAAAGUGAUGGUCAGGAAGGCAGAGAAUCUGGCAAAGCUCACACGCAUUCCAGGAGCUGCAGACCACUACGUUGUCAUCAACCUGCGUCAGGAUGGGAAGGUUAUCGGUACGAAGGAGACCAAAGGGGCGAGCGGUUCGAAUCCCGUCUGGAACGCUCCCUUCCUGUUCGACCUGCCGCCUGGAGACAUCUCCCAGCUGGUGCUCGAGUUCAUCAUCAUGCAGGGCCGUCUCUACACUAAGAGCAGUAUUCUGGGUCGGGUGUUAAUCGGCGGCGAUACCUCCGAGGAGGGUCAGGGACACUGGAAGGAAAUGUGCAGCCGGGGGCAAAUAGAGACGGCUCGCUGGCACAACAUCCAAUCAGACGGGCUGCACUGAAUACAAAAACUCUCUGACUCACCUCCCAACAGCGAAACACAGAGAGUGGGAAUAACGUGCAAUGGGGCGCCAAAGUAUUUAAUUUUAGCCCUUUAGGAUCAGAUGUGGAUUUUGGUAGCUUUGGCAACUUUGAUAGAAGCCAUAAUUAUAAUCAUGCAUUGAAUAACUGGUCAUGCUGUUUUAGAAAGAGACGGAUAUGCAUAUACUGUAUAUGCAGCAGCUCUCUCCAUAUCAACAGUUUGCAUCCCAACAUUGCCUUUGUGAUUAUCUCCACUGUGACUUCUUAAAAACGGUAUAAAUGUACAACUGUGUCGUUGUGGUUAAAUGCAACUUGUGCUGACGUUGUUGUAAUGUAUGUCCACUCUACUCGUGUGGUUUCCUACGGUGUGUUACCAUGACAGUUUUUGUCCACAUAAGUUGUUUUUGAUC